GGGAGGAGCCCGGGGCCGUGUCCUGUCCUGUCCUGUCCCGUCCCGUGCCGGGGGCGAGGGAGCGGCCGCGGGGGGAUGCACAGCGCUGCUGCUCCGCCGGUGUGAGGGAAGGGGAGCGGCCCCUUCCCCGCCAGCCCCGGACCAUGGCGGCCCCCGGAGCCCCUGGAGAAUAUGAUGUGCUGAUUGUGUAUGCAAGUGACGCCACUGAAUGGUGUCAGUACCUCCAGAACCUCUUCCUCUUAUCUCGGCAUGUUCGAAAGCAUCGGAUUCUGAGCUACCAGCUGGAAGACGACUCUGCCAUCUCCCACGAGGAGCUGGACCUGUUCAGCAGGAGUCGGAGUAUCAUCCUUUUGCUGUCUGCUGAGCUGGUGCAGAGCUUUUACGUUCCUCACAUCCUGCAGAGCCUUCAGGAAGCUUUAUGGCCCCCGUGCAAAGUAGUCAAGCUGUUCUGUGGUGUUACAGACUGUGAAGACUAUUUGACUUUUUUCAAGGACUGGUGUCAGUGGCAAGAACUCACAAAUGAUGAUGAGCCUGAUGCUUACCUUGCAGCUGUUGAGAAGGUUAUUUCAGAAGAAACAGAAGACGAGAAGAAUCCAGCUGACUCCCACAGACUUGCCAUGAGUGAAGAACAUGAAUCAUCCAGGAGCACUGGGGACCAUCCAGUGGUGCAGCCCAGCCGCAUCCAGUGUGGGGUGCAGACAACAGUUUAUAUUAUCAUGAAAUGUAAACUAGAUCGUGAAAUGAAAACUGAAGUUGAAUUUUAUCCAGAGAAUGCAUCCUCUGUGCGUGUGCUGGCUGAGAUGGAGAAUGAGUACACAAUCUCUGUGGAGGCUCCAAAUUUAACCUCUGGUUCAGUGCCUCUGCAGAUAUAUUCAGGGGACUUGAUAGUGGGAAAAACAAGUGUCACUUACCAUACUGACAUGGAGGAAAUCAGCAAUCUGUUGGCUAAUGCAGCCAACCCUGUACAGUUCAUGUGCCAGGCCUUUAAAAUUGUGCCAUACAGCAUAGAAGCCCUGGACAAAUUGUUGACUGAGUCACUCAAGAAGAACAUUCCUGCCAGUGGUCUACACCUGUUUGGAAUCAACCAGCUGGAAGAAGAAGAUAUGACAGCAAAUCAGAGGGAUGAGGAGUUGCCAACACUGCUUCACUUCUCUGCAAGAUAUGGGCUGAAGAACCUUACUGCCUUGCUGCUUACAUGCCCUGGAGCACUGCAGGCCUACAGUGUAGCCAACAAGUAUGGCCACUAUCCAAACACCAUAGCAGAAAAGCAUGGCUUUAAGGAUCUCCGCCAAUUCAUUGAUGAAUAUGUGGAAACUGCAGAUAUGCUGAAGAGUCACAUUAAGGAAGAGCUGAUGCAAGGCGAGGAGGAUGAGUCUGUUUACGAGUCCAUGGCUCAUCUGUCCACUGAUCUGUUAAUGAAAUGCUCCUUGAAUCCAGGCUCUGAUGAAGAGCUUUAUGAAUCCAUGGCCGGAUUUGUCCCGGGUGCCCCAGAAGAUCUUUAUGUAGAGAUGCUUCAGUCCAAACCAGACACACCAGUUGCUGGAGAUGAAGUUUCUCUAACUACAAAAGACUCAAUGCUCCGCAAGUUUUUAGAAGGUGGUAGCAUGGAUGUGCCAGAUUCCGGGGAAGGAGGUCGCGAGCAGUAUGGUGAAGAUGUGUACUACUCGGUGGAACAAGACCCUUUUCCAAAGGAAAUGGCUAACAGACCUCCAAUUCCUGUUCCAAGACCAGAAUCUAGCUCUCCACAGCCAGACAAUGAGCUAUACAUCUCUAAAAUUUUUGCACAGAAGGCUCAAAGACCUGAGAAUCUUUAUGUCCCUAGAGGAAGAAUUAAGAAAGAGACAAUAGUCAGGCCUGUAAGGGACCUGUCUCAAUCAAGUAUAUAUGAUCCAUUUGCUGGAAUGAAAACCCCAGGUCAGCGGCAGCUGAUUACAUUACAGGAGCAAGUGAAAUUGGGAAUCCUCACUGUGGAUGAAGCUGUCCUUCAUUUUAAGGAGUGGCAACUGAACCAGAAAAAGAGAUCAGAAUCAUUCCGGUUCCAGCAGGAAAAUCUGAAACGUCUACGAGACAGCAUAACCAGGAGGCAAAUGGAGAAGCAAAAAAAAGACAAAAGUGCAGAUUUAGAAAUUACAGUACCCAUUCGACAUUCUCAUAAUACUUUGGGGAAACCAGAAUGUGGAAUAUAUGAAUACACCCCCAGGAAAAACAUUUUUCCACCAAAAAAGGAGUUAAAACGAGGAGACUGGAAAACAGAAAGCACAUCCAGCACAACAAGUAGUGCAAGUAACCGCUCCAGCACUCGGAGUAUAAUGAGUGUCAGCAGUGGGAUGGAAGGGGACAGUGAGGACAGUGAAGUCCCAGAAACAGCAAGGAGCCGCAGCCCAGUUCUUCACCAAGUAGAGAGGCUUCCUUUCCCAGAAAGGCCUCCCAGAGUGCCCCCUCGAGGUGCAAGCAGGCCUGUAAGCUGUGAAGGCUUUUAUCCUCCACCUGUGCCCCCAAGGGGUCGCUGAAUCUCUCAGCAUCUGUGGAAUAUGAAUUUUUUUUCAUGUUUAUAUCGGUGUUUGUACAAAUUUGUUUUGGGUUGUCUUAAAUUAUUUAUAAGUGGGACCCAAAUGAUUUCAUUCCCUUCAUCCUCCCUGAAGCUCUGGUGACUUCUUCCAUGAUUUUCACUGGGACUUUUUGGCAUUCUAUAACCUCUUUUGAGUUGGAAGAAUUUUGGUGCUUUGGGGCUUCAAGAAAAGGUAUCAUUGGAAAGAAAAUUGAAGUGUGUCUUGGGAGCCCUGCACCAACAUGAAGAUGCCAUUUGAUCAAGAAAGCACAUAGCACAUGUGUCCUUUUAGGAACUACAUCCUGAUAAGCACUGUUGCCAAACCUCUCAGUACAGUCUAUCAGGGCUUGACUGGAAAACAUGCUUAAAAACUAAAGAAAGUAAGAUGUUUGAAAAAUGCUCAUUACAGCAGGAGCAGGUGAAUGUACUACUGCUUGGCAUAACAUUUUGGAUACAACUAUACUGACCUUUCAGAAGGUGUAGCAUCCCCCUUUAGCAAUCAUUAAACUGUGGGGAGAUGAGAAAUUGUCUUCAAGAAUGUAUUUUGCAUACAGCCUUGAAAAUGCCUUUCCUUUUCCAGUUCCCUCCUGGAAGAGGACAGACAAGGUGGUGUGUGUGCUGUAUUUACCAAGAAAAUUCCCAAGACAACUGGUAAAGGACCUUUGUGGUAUCACAAACCAGCUGUACUUAAACCUUUUUCCAGCAGGGUGCAGGUAUGGUUAAAAAAUCACAUGACUGAGCUCUCAAAUUAGAGAAGGAAUUGGUGGCAGUGCUGUGUUCUGUGUCUUUUACAUGUGGUCAUUACAGCAACAAUAUGAAGGCAUUUCACUUCAUACCCUGAAACAACAGUGAGUUUCCAAUUAUCAGUGCACACCCCUCAUAAAUACCAGCUGUAUUUUAGGUAGCUGCAUUGGGAACAGACAGCCUGGGGGCUGGACUCUGCUGGCUCUACUGUUCCUUUCUGCCAACGUGAAUCUGCAGCAGCUGUCCAGCCUUUUUCCUGCCUGAGGGCUUACAAACUUAAGGAGGCUUCCUAGUUUGGCUCUCUUCCAGAUUUUGAAAUCUUCUGUGCAUAUCCCAACCCUUGGGGGACAAGUUUAAGGCUCUGGUUGUCCUGUGAGUGACAGAGAUGGAAGUUCUGCAAGAUAACAUUCAUAGUAGAGAAUUAAACAUCCUUGCAUGCUUGGUUUUCAUGGAUGGAAGAGAGGGAAUGGCUUGAAAAACAGGCAGAUACAUCUGUGUUAGGUGAUCCCUCAGGUGUAGGUAGGACAUGUGGAGCUUCUGUCUGAUCAUGUCAGCCCCCCUUCAUCUGUAGGAGAGCAGGGACAGAGUUGCAGUUCCUUUCUCUUGUAGGGUAGCAAACCCAGUGUGUGAAAUUGCAGAAGUGACAGCAACUGUGACUUUACCAGCACUGAAUGAAGGUGGAGAAGCCCCUGCUGCUUUCAGGGAUGUAGGCAUAUGAUAAAUAUCACCUGUGCAUUAGACUCAUAGGAUUUGGGUGAUAUGUAGUUCAUAUACCCUCUCCUUUUGAUGGCAGAGGGAUACAGGUGUUGUGAUGCAUACAUGGCACCACAGAUACAGAGGUGUCCUUUCUGUUUUGCUUUUUAUUUUAUUUUUUAAAGGAACAUCAGUGCUAUCUCCAGUAACUGCCACUAUAGACUUUUAGUGACAGUUUGAUUUUGUUCACUGUAGCCAGGGGAAUGGUGAGGUGAGAACUGCCUUCUUGGCUCUUCUUGGAAUGAAACAAGGUUUCCAGCACUAUUAGCUCAAAUUGGUAGGAGGGAAGGAGGUUUUGGUGCUGAAAUGAGUAAAAUAGUAGCAAGGAUAAGUGAAGAAAUUAGGGAUAAAAGAGAAACCAAAAGAAGAAAUUUAGCAGCUUGAUUGUCUUUAGCUGUCACAUGCUUUGGUUUGCACACAGCUUCCUGGCUUUGCUCAAAAAUUCCCUAUCUUCUUGGUGCUGACUGCAACUGUGCCCCAGACCUUGGGGCUGUGGUGUGGUAAGAGGAAUUUGUCUGCUUUCACAUAUACCAUGGCUGUGAAGGAUAUUUAUUACUUGUGCUGUGGAGAGACAGUUAUAUUUGAAUUGCUGAAAAGUGGCUCAUGAGUAGCCUUUCAGUCCCUCUCCCAUUUGAAGCUUAGAUACUCCAUUACUCUGACCUGACCUAUCACAUAAAGCCAGAUGCUGGUGGUGCUCUGAUUUGGAGGUGAGCUGGGAAAAGGGGAGCUGAACCAUACUAUAAAUAUACUAUGUAUUCUGUUCAGGCCCCUUCUGCACUGCUUAAAGGAGGGAAAUUGAAGAUGCAGCUGUAGUUUCUCACUGCUGCUGGAUUAGUGAGGGAUCUCAGUAACCAACAAUCACUGCAAGGCUCUCACCCUAUCGAGGAAAAAAGGAGCAGCACUAAAAUGGCUUUGCUGUGAGAUGCAGGUAGACAACUGGAUGCAGGCAUGUCUUUCAAGCCUCUUAGAGGCCAACAGCAAUGCACCUGCUUAGCCACUAAAGUGUGUGUUCCACACAGGUUGGAUUCAUCUAGUUGCUUUCAGCCUCUUACAUUUCAAUGCAUGAAGCUCCUGUAUCUGUAUUUUGUGCUGGUAAGCACGUGGUGUAUGUUGCUUCCACCCAGACUGAGAAAUGCACCGAAACUGAAGAUCAGAAGAGACCAGAGAAGAAAACAGCAUGCAUGCAGCUUAGUGAUUGCUGGUUAUUUAAGAAUGUGCUUGGGAGGGAAAGUGGAAAGGGAAAUACGGACAGUGUUUCUGAUACAUAUCAGAGUUCAAGGACUGAAGAGAUAAUAAAAUUGCUUGUGAAAACUUAAGUGGCCUGGCCAGUUGUAGGGGCACCAACCAAUCCACCAAACUCAGGUGCCAGCUGGCAGGCCUGGGCAGUGUUUGUUCUUUGUACAGCAUGCCUUGCAAACCCUGCUGCAGCAGAUGGCUCUGGUUGGCCCUGUUGCUUACUGAGAGAAUUAAGUACUGAAUAAACUGAAGAUGCUGAA